AUGCUGGAGAUUGGUAGAAAUAUAAAAGAACGGACGUCCUACAACAAGUUCCGUUCCCAGCAAAGGGAUAGAGAUAAUGUGGCACGCAGAGGGUACACUAACUGGUUAUACGAUGAGAGAGACCUAGCAGAUCGUGAUUGCUUCUUUGAUGACGCUAGUAAAGUGUGUAACACCGAAAAACCACUCAUUUGCAUCGACGUGGAGGCCCACGAACGCGACCAUAGUAAGAUCACAGAGGUUGGUGUGGCUAUCUAUACGCCAGCUGAACUGAGAGGCAGCAUAGUGCCAUAUAUUAGACUGGUACAUAUGAUUAUUGCAGAAAACCAGCACUUGCGGAACAAAUCGUAUGUUCCUGAUCAUAUGUACAACUAUAAUGGCGGCAAGAGCUUGUUGAUGACCUUAGAUGAAGCUGCUGAAGCCAUCCAAAGGAGCAUUAAUCAGCUCAGUGGUGAUGACAUAGGCCAAGGCAUAUGUAUUGUGGGACACGGAAUGGAACACGAUUUGGAAUGGCUAGACCAAAUGGGGGUUGAGAUCGGUAUCGCUGACAAGUUUGAUACCCAGGACUUCCUUCACUUGACUCACCAAGGUCGCUAUUCCAGUUUGGAGUUCGCUUUACGACUUGUUCGUCAGCCAUAUGCGUUUUUGCAUAAUGCCGGUAACGAUGCUUACUAUACGUUGCUUUUAGCACUUUGCUUGGGAGAUCCGCUUUACAGAAUUCCUGCCCAAAUCGAUUCUGUUGAAAGGAUGGGAAUGUUCAGAUGUCGCCAGAAGAGCGGGGUUGGCCCCAAUGCCAGCCUACUGGUAAAUGGCAGCUUGCAAAGGUAUCAAAAGUACCUCAACAACCAGCCAAUUUAG